AUGAAAUUCGUUUUAGUUGUUUAUCUUUUUUGUGUUAUUUUUGUGAACUGCUCAAUCAGUCAAAGUACAUAUAUCUUCUAUUAAGUAUUGAGUCCAAAAUCAUCAAAAAGGUCAUAGAUGGUGAGGAUAGAUGAAAUAUCUUAAGAAUAUGAAGAUGCCAUAUACGAAUAUGAUGCAUAUCCUGAUGAGCUGAGUUUAGGACACUAGUUAGAUUUAGGAAGGAUGAUUGAUAAUUAUGAUAUCCCAGAGGACUGUUUUGAGGAAGUGAUUAGUGUAUAUGAAUACUACGAUGUCGAUGAACCUGAUUAAAAUCAAGAGAAGAGUAAUCCUAACAAUUUUUAAGUACAUGAUAUGGGAGAGGAAGAAUUUCUCAAGCUAGAGUAGGGAGUAGAUGAAAACGGGAAUGUGCAAAGUGUCAUAGUUAAACAAUAGUAGAGAGAGCAAAUGCAAGGCACUCAAGGAAAUGACAAAAAGAGUAAAUAAAAGAAAAAACAGAGCAGCAUGCACUUACGAAAGAAACAAAAGAAAUGA